CAUUCCCUCUUUGAAGGUCUGGUCUUAUUGGCCACGUCUGUGCUUUGUGGUAAAUUCACUGACAAGCUCUACGAACAUUUGAGCCGGAAACAUGCAAAUAAUAAUUUCAUUGCUUCGGCUUUCUGCGUCGAGAUUGGCAUGAGCAUGAUCCUCAUGGGGGCAGAAGGAAAAACAGCAGAUGAACUGAGGAGAGCUCUGAUCCUGCCAAAGGAUAAAAAGGAAGUGGCCAAAAUUUACGAUCAGCUUAUGACUAAUCUUGAAAAUCGUAAGAAGGUAGCUGUGCUCGAUAUGGCCAAUCGUCUGUUUGUCAACGAAUCAUAUGGAAUUAAUAGGAACUACAAUAAGCUAGUGAAGAAUUCCUUCAGAGCCGAGGUGGAGGCGAUUAAUCUGAGAGAUCGAGCGAAGGCAGCUUGGACGAUCAGCGAUUGGGUGCUUGACAAGACUCUCGAUAACGUUAAAGGUAUAAUUUCACCCAGUAACUUGGCGAACGACGAAAGUGCGGUCCUCGUAAACGCCGCUUUCUUCAAGGGCUACUGGAAGUCGCGGUUUAAAAGAAAGAGUACCAAGGUUAUGACAUUCCAUAUAUCUGAUACCCAGAAAGUUUUAGUCCCCAUGAUGUCUCAAGUGGGUAUCUUUAAGAUGCGUUCUUCCGCUUAUGACAGAAUCAUAGAGAUGCCAUUCGCCUACUCAAACCUUUCAAUGGUAAUCGUUCUACCCCACAAUAAUGGGGGUCUAGAAAGGGCUGAAAGAACAAUCGAUAGUUUCUCCGAGUCCCUAGAUGAAAUGCAGGUACAUGUGCAGCUGCCGAGAUUUAAAAUCGAAUUUCGCACUGAACUCGUUGAUACUCUUAAAAAGAUGGGAAUAAUUGAGCUCUUUACCAAUUCCUCGAACCUCAGCGGCCUACUGAAGAGGACUGGUACCAGAAUCAGCCAAGUCGUGCACAAAGCCUUCGUAGAGAUCAACGAGGAGGGCGCUUCGGCUGGAGCAGCUAAUGCAGGGACGUUCCUGGGUGUAUCUGAUUUUCCGGAAACGGUGUCUUCCUUCAAAGCCGAUAAACCGUUCGUCUUCAUAAUUCGAGAUCAGAGCACCAUAUACUUCCGAGGACGCGUCGUCGAUCCGUUGUCGAACAGCACAAUUUUGUAAU